AUGAAGAGCAUUGGCAAGGCGGCCGAGCUCGUGAGCAAGGCGGUGGGCGCGCUGCGGCGGAAGGCCGGCGUCCUCAAGGCCCGCCUCCUCUUCCUGGCCUCGACGCGCCGCAGGGCCGCGGUGCUCGCCGGGAUAUCCCGCCACAUCCGCGCGCUUACUACGCCGCGCCAGCCGUGCCAGAAGAAGGCGGCGGCGCAGCAGAGGCGGAACUACUGCCGCGGCAGCAGGGCGCCCCUCGCGCCGGCGGACGACGAGGACGACGGCGUAGUCCCCUUCUGCUUCCCCCACCGCCAGCUCCCCGCCAUCUUGCUACUAGUCGUCCAAGCAGUCGACGGCGACGCUGACGGCGGCAGCGACGGAGGGUGCACCGCCGACUCUGACUGGACACUCGCGCUGCGCUCGCUGUUCGAUGACGACGAAGGUGGCCACCACCGUGGUGGCGAUGAUUACUUGCUGGCGGCCGACGACGACGAGGACGACGGAGAGGACGCGAUGUCGGUGAUCGACGUCAUCCAGAGGCGCCGGGAGGGAGACGGGCAGGAGUUCAGGAUCGAGGACGAGAUCGACCGGGCCGCCGACAUGUACAUCACCAGGGUUCGCCGCCGGAUGAGCAAGCAGCUGGAGGAGCUAAUUGUGGCUACCAGUGCUGGCUCUGCUUCCCAUUAG